UCGUGGACGAAACAACUGCAACCACCUCGAUAGCUCGCAAGACAACAAAGUCGGAACAUUCAAGAUCUUUAGACAAUUUCGUGGUUUAAUUGCCACUAUGAUUUAAACAUACUUAUGUGGAAACAACUAGAUGCCCAUUUAAUUUAAUAUUUACGUUGUAAGUCAACUAGCUGGCUGGUUAAGAUAGCACUAGUCUGGUAGCUAAUGCUAACUAGCUAUUAUCCCCGAACAUGAGUUCACUAAGCUACUCUCAUCCUUUUCUCUGCUGGACGGAGAAAGAAGCUCUGGUGAAAGAGGAGGAAGAGGAGGCUGUUAAAAUACAAAAACAAGUAGAGGGUGAGGCUGUUACCGUGAAAGAAGAGGAGGAAGACGCGUUCAGAGUGAAAGAGGGGGAGGAUGUUACUGUGAAAGAAGAGGAGGAUGCAGUUUUUGGAAUAGAGGAUGAAGUGAAAGAAGAUGAAGACGUUUUUGGAAUGAAGGAUGAAGAGGGGGAGAUUACUGUCACAUUAGAGGAGGACGAAGAAGAGAAGACUGGAGAUCUGAUUAACACCAGUAAAUACAUAGAGAGACGUGACUAUCGUGGACCCUCUGGGGAGCCUCAGCAACAUCAUGAUGCUGACGAGGCAGAAAAAAGUCUCUGCAGAUCAGCACUCCUCAAGAAACACCAGCAGAGACCCACAGGAACGAAAUCUCACUGCUGCUCUGACUGUGGGAAAAGAUUAAACUCUUUAUCGAACCUUAAAAUACAUCAAAGAAUUCACACAGGAGAGAAACCUUAUAGCUGUGAUCAAUGUGGGAAGAGUUUUACUACAUCUAGCAAUCUAACUAUACACCAGAGAAUACACACAGGAGAGAAACCUUAUGGCUGUGAUCAAUGUGGGAAGAGUUUUACUACAUCUAGCUAUCUAACUAUACACCAGAGUACACACACAGGAGAGAAACCUUACGCCUGUGAUCAAUGUGGGAAGAGAUUUAUUCUGCUAGAAACCCUGAAAUCACACCAGAGAAUACAUUCUGGAGAGAAACCUUUUGGCUGUUAUCAAUGUGGGACCCGUUUUUCUCACUUAAGCAGCCUGAUAGGACACCAGCGGGGACACACAGGAGAAAAACCUUAUAGCUGUGAUCAAUGUGGGAAGAGUUUUACUACAUCUAGCAAUCUAACUAUACACCAGAGAACACACACAGGAGAGAAACCUUAUGGCUGUGAUCAAUGUGGGAAAAGUUUUACUACAUCUAGCAAUCUAACUAUACACCAGAGAACACACACAGGAGAGAAACCUUAUGGCUGUGAUCAAUGUGGGAAGAGUUUUACUACAUCUAGCAAACUAACUAUACACCGGAGAACACACACAGGAGAGAAAUCUUUUAGCUGUGAUCAAUGUGGGAAGAGUUUUGGUCAAUCUGGCCAACUGACUGUACACCAGAGAACACACACAGGACAGAAACCUUAUAGCUGUGAUCAAUGUGGGAAGAGUUUUGGUCAAUCUGGCCAACUGACUGUACACCAGAGAACACACACAGGACAGAAACCUUAUAGCUGUGAUCAAUGUGGGAAGAGAUACUCUAGUAAAAGAUCUCUGAUCAAACAUCAGAAAAUACAUGAAGGAGUUGUUUCAUGAUAUCAAUGAAAUAAUGUCACAAUGUAGAUUAUUUUAACAUUAUAUCAGUAGUAUUUUAAUGAAUGUCAACGUAGAACCCUAAAUGUUUGCCCCCUGUUCAAUUGAUUUUAGCCUCAUGGAAACAAUCCAGGCUCUGAAUUGAAAGAGUUACUAUUUAUGUGAUUGAACAAAAAGUGACUAACAAAAAAGAGUUUGUUACACUUACCACGUUGGUGACCCACUGAAAUCACAAUGUAGCUAGCAGUUUAAUACAUUUUAAAAAUUGUGUUUUGCGUUUAGGCAGUGAGUUGCAAUGGAUCACAGUUUAUUUUGACUGCACGUUUUUCCUGUAUAUUUUUGUUUGGGCUCGUUCCAAGGGGAGGAGAGUUCUAGAAGCUAGUGAGUUUUAGGAUUCUAUAGAAAGAAAAAGGAGAAAAAAAUGUAUACGA